AUGGCAGCUAAGUUCUUCGCCCUCGCACUCCUGGUAGCCGCAGCGCAGGCUAGCCACGACUACUCCAGCUUCUCCUACGGCGUGCGGGACCCUCACACUGGGGACGUCAAAGGCCAGCAUGAGAAACGCGUUGGAGACACCGUCGUGGGCCAAUACUCCCUCCUCGAGUCCGACGGCACCAAGCGCGUUGUUGACUACGCCGCGCAUCCCCACACUGGUUUCAACGCGGUUGUACGCAAAGAACCUGGCGUUUCUGUCCACCCUGUCAGCCCUGUGGUUAAUGCGUACGCCGGUCACGGAUACGCCAACGCAUACGCGCCGUACGCCGCCGCUUACCCCUCAGCUGGUUACGCCAGCGCUGUCGCUCAUGGCGCGUACGCCGCUCCCGUUUCAUACGCUGCGCCGGUGGCCGCUUAUGGCGGAUAUGCAGGAUUAGGCGCGUAUGGCGCGUAUGGCGUACAUGGAUUGGGCGCGUAUGGUGGUGCGUACGGAGCGUACGGCACCCCUCUGGCCGGAUAUGGUGGGCUCGGCUAUGGCGCUUGGUGA